CUCGGUGAGGCAGAGCGACACAGGCACCAUCUGUCUCCUCCCAGAUAACUUCAGCCUUUUCCUGUGAACCGCAAGCAUCAGGACGGGAUUUGUAUUCCCAUCGAGAGCGUCUUCUGGCCUCUGUGUGGAGUGGAUAGAUCCGAACGGAUCUGUGUGUCAGGACGUGGAUUAUCCAGUGCAUGCAGUCGUGUCGUGUGUCUUGGAGGAGGCCGGUGUCUGGGUGUGUGGCAGGACGUUGCGCAGGUUCCCAUGAGGGUGUUUGAGAGCGGCGGGUGCUGGCUGACCCUCACCACGGGCUCAGACAGACAGUCAGCCGCUUACAUGGAGAAAAGACGCUGCAGUCCAUUCCCCUUAUGCUGGGCCGCAGAAUAUGACAGACACUUAGCGCACAACAAAGGCAUGGCGACGGCAUACCUGGAGCCCAACCCGAACUACACCCUGGGCGGCGGGGCCAAGGCCCGUCUGAGUGCGGGGACGGAGCGGGCCCCUGGGGCCCCUGACAGGGUCUUGAAGAUCUUCCAUCACUUUGAGAACAACAGUGAACACAGCACCUGGUCCAGCAACAUCCGACAUGGAGAUGCAACUGACGUCAGGGGAAUCAUACAGAAGAUCGUGGACAUCCAUAAAGUCAAACACGUGGCUUGUUUCGGGCUGCGGCUCACUCACGUCCCAUCGGGCGACAUCCAUUGGCUCCACCCCGAUAUGGGCGUGUCCCACGUGAGGGAGAAGUACGAACAGAACCGCCCACAGGACGAAUGGAGGUAUGAACUGCGGAUCCGUUACCUGCCCAAGGGCUUCCUGAAUCAGUUUGCUGAAGACAAGCCGACACUGAACUACUUUUAUCAGCAGGUGAAGAAUGACUACAUGCUGGAGAUGGCAGAUCAGGUGGAGCAGGAAAUUGCCCUAAAGCUGGGAUGUCUUGAGAUCAGGAGAUUCUACAGAGAGAUGAGAGGAAACGCUCUGGAUAAAAAAUCCAACUAUGAACUCUUAGAAAAGGACGUUGGACUCAAACGCUUCUUCCCCAAAAGUUUAAUGGAGUCUGUUAAGGCCAAAACACUGAGGAAACAGAUCCAGCAAACAUUUAAGCAGUUCGCCAACCUGAACGACGAGCAGAGCAUGCUGAAGUUUUUUGAGAUCCUGGCACCCAUCUACAGAUUCGACAAAGAGUGCUUUCGCUGUGCUUUGGGGUCGAGUUGGGUCAUAUCAGUGGAUCUUGCUAUCGGUCCGGAGGAGGGAAUCAGUUACCUGACAGACAAGGGUUCCACGCCGACACAUCUGGCCAACUUCACCCAGGUGCAGAGCAUCCAUUACUCCUGCGUGGAGGAGAAGGAGAGGAAGGGCAUCUUACAGCUGGACGUGGCAGGAGCCGCCGAGCCUCUCACGAUCAGCACGCCAUCCUUCGCCACUGCUGAGAACAUGGCCGACCUCAUCGACGGCUACUGUCGACUGCUCAAUGCCGUCAGCCAGUCCUUCAUCGUCAGACCUCAGAAAGAGGGUGAGAGAGCUCUUCCAUCCAUUCCAAAACUUGCCAACAAUGAGAAGCGGCUCGAGGGGAUUCGGGCAGGAGUUCGUGCCAUCUCUGUUUCAGAAGAUGGUAGUGGAGAUGAAACAGACGACUACGCAGAGAUCAUAGAUGAGGAAGACACCUACACCAUGCCCUCUACCGAAUGCUAUGGAUUAGACGCAGCUCAGGACUAUGAGAUCCAGCGGGACAGAAUCGAGCUGGGACGGUGUAUCGGCGAGGGACAGUUCGGUGACGUCCACCAAGGGGUUUACAUCAGUCCGGAGAAUCCAUCAUUAUCAGUGGCCAUUAAGACGUGUAAGAACUGCACCUCUGACAGCGUGCGUGAGAAAUUUCUACAGGAAGCACUGACAAUGCGGCAGUUCGACCAUCCGCACAUCGUGAAGUUGAUUGGAAUAAUAACUGAAAAUCCUGUCUGGAUCAUCAUGGAGUUGUGCACGCUUGGAGAGUUGAGGUCGUUCUUGCAAGUAAGGAAGUACAACCUGGACCUGUCCACGCUGAUUCUGUUCGCCUACCAGCUGAGCACAGCGCUGGCGUACCUGGAGAGCAAACGCUUUGUGCACCGGGACAUUGCUGCCAGGAAUGUGUUGGUGUCUUCCACGGAUUGUGUGAAACUUGGUGACUUUGGUCUCUCCAGGUACAUGGAGGACAGUUCCUAUUACAAAGCUUCUAAAGGGAAACUGCCGAUUAAAUGGAUGGCUCCAGAAUCCAUAAACUUCCGUCGGUUUACCUCAGCCAGCGACGUCUGGAUGUUUGGUGUGUGUAUGUGGGAAAUCCUCAUGUUCGGCAUCAAGCCCUUCCAGGGGGUGAAGAAUAAUGACGUCAUCGGCCGGAUAGAGAACGGCGAGAGGUUAGCAAUGCCCCCAAACUGCCCCCCGACCCUCUACAGCCUGAUGACCAAAUGCUGGGCGUACGACCCCAGCAAACGCCCGCGGUUCACUGAACUCAAGACACAGCUCAGCACUAUCCUGGAUGAGGAGAAGGCCCAACAGGAGGAGCGUUUCCGUAUGGAGAUGAGGAGACAGGUCACCGUGUCCUGGGACACUGGCAAUUCAGACGAGGCGCCUCCUAAGCCCAGUCGACCCGGAUACCCGAGUCCUCGAUCCAGUGACGGAUAUUUCCCUAGUCCACAACAUGCUGGCCAGCACAAUCAUUACCAGGGGUCUGGAUAUCCCAGUGCACAUGUGCCCGGAGCUGGAUUCCCGCCGCAAGCCUCCGUCCUAGACCCACAUGAGACGUGGAACCAUCACAGACAGGAAGUUCCUGUGUGGUCUCCAAACAUGGAGGAUGGGGGCGCUCUAGGGAGGAGUCAGGCGAUGCCCACUGCCCACCUGAUGGAGGAAACGCUGAUGAAGCAGCAGCAGCAGAUGGAGGAAGACCAGCGGUGGCUGGAGCAGGAGGAGAGUUUCUUGAAGCCGGAGUCAAGGAACUCGAGGGGCAGUAUCGACCGGGAGGAUGGCGCUCUCCAGACCCCGAUGGGGAAGCAACACGUUUACCAGCCAGUUGGUAAAGCAGAUCAUGUGGCUCCUCCAAAGAAACCGCCCCGUCCCGGCGCUCCGAGUCACCUGACCAACCUGAACCCAGUGGACAGUUACAACGAGGGCGUCAAGAUCCAGCCUCAGGAGAUCAGUCCACCUCCUACAGCAAACCUGGACCGCUCCAACGAUAAAGUGUACGAGAACGUGACGGGGCUGGUGAAGGCCGUCAUUGAGAUGUCCAGUCGGAUCCAGCCGGCUCCCCCGGAGGAGUACGUCCCUAUGGUGAAGGAUGUUGGACUGGCCCUCAGGACGUUACUAGCGACGGUGGACGAGACGAUCCCAGUGUUACCGGCCAGCACACACAGAGAGAUCGAGAUGGCUCAGAAGCUGCUGAACUCUGACCUGGCGGAGCUCAUCAGUAAGAUGCGUCUGGCGCAGCAGUACAUGUUGACCAGCCUGCAGCAGGACUACAAGAAGCAGAUGCUGACCGCGGCUCACGCGCUCGCCGUCGACGCCAAGAACCUGCUGGACGUCAUCGACCAGGCGCGGCUGAAGAUGCUGGCUCACAACCGGCCGCACUAGUUUCUCCAGGAUGGCUGGAUCAUUACGGAGGGACGCGUCACCACAGGAGGCCAAAAAACAACUUUAAACAUUACAAAACAGAUGCUACGUAAACCUUUUUAAGAGAGAUUCUUCACCAGGAGAGGAUAUUUCAAACAUAUUUUGUUUUAUAAGCGUCAUGUUUAUUUUAUUUUGUAUCCAGAAAUGAAGUUCGUCUUUGUCGUCUUACUCAAACCUGCAACUGGAACCCGUUGAACUCUGAGCUGAGGUCACGCUCGAGCUUCUCCAAUAAUCCAAAGGCUUAUCAACACGUGAUUUUGUAUUAUGGAUAUGCUGAUCUCAAACUUCAGUGAUCGAGUUGCAUCGAGGGCUUGUGCUUCAACAACAUCCUCUGAGAAACUCAGGGGUUCGACGGCUGAAACGCUCUCAUGUACAGAACUCGCCACGACUCUAAAGCCAAACCACAGUCAUUUUUAACAGAUUUUUAAAGAAAUCACAGCUAUUGUAUGAAACUGCUUGACAAAGAGGGAAAAUCAAGUCACCCUGACCUGAGCAUAAUAUUACGUCAGGGGCCGAAGCGAAUAUAGUCACAUAUCAGUCACUUGAAGCACAUAUUGGUAAAAUGAUAUAAUCAAAGCUGCCUUCUGAUUUCAUUUCAAGAAACUUUUAUUCUGUAAAAUCAUGUUGUUGUUUUUUACCACACACUAGGGUUGAAACGACCCCUUUGAGUUUGAACUAGUUACUUUUGUGUACAGAACAAUCGUGAAAUCCAUUUUGUCAUUGAUAUAAAUUAUUCUCAGGAAGAAGCAACUGUACAGAUCUUUUAACUAAUAAAAUGUUAUCAUUAUCUUUA